GUUUACUGUGUCGUAUGAUUUGGCGCCUUUUGGACGUAAUUGGCGGGAGUCUUCAUUCGUGUUAAGGAGACAGGUCGAGUGAGACAGUGAAACCGAAAUCUGCACCCAUCUCAGCUAAAGUUAUCUCUUCGUGUCUGGUUUUCACCAAAUAUUCGUGACUUGGAGCUGCUUCCUUUUGGUUGUACAUUUAUUUACAGAGUUACCAUUUUCGCCUUGUCAAAAUGUUUGAGGCACGACUCAAUCAAGGAUCUUUGCUCAAAAAGAUCAUGGAAGCUAUAAAGGAACUUCUUAAUGAAGCAAUCUUUGAUUGCCAGAGUACGGGUGUCACACUUCAAGCCAUGGACAGUUCCCACGUCAGUCUUGUGUCCCUAAAUUUACGAAGUGAAGGAUUUGAAUCGUACAGAUGUGACAGAAACCUAUCGAUGGGAAUCAACCUGCAGACAAUGUCGAAGAUGUUGCGGUGUGCGGCCAAUGACGACAUUGUAACAAUAAAGGCUGACGACGCAGGCGACAAAGUCAAACUUGUUUUUGAAAGUCCAAAUAAUGAGAAGGUAUCGGAUUAUGAAAUGAAGCUGUUAGACUUGGACACAGAACACCUUGGAAUUCCUGAUACAGAAUACAGCUGUGUUGUCAAGCUACCAGCAGCCGAGUUCCAGAGAAUCUGCAGAGAUCUGAGUCAGAUUGGUGAUUCAGUUGUCAUUUCAUGUGCAAAAGAGGGGGUUUCCUUCUCUGCAAGUGGGGAUCUAGGAACAGGCAACAUCAAGCUGGCCCAGAAGGCAUCGGCCGACAAAGAAGAGGAAGCCGUCAUCGUGGACAUGAACCAGAGUGUGUGUUUGACAUUCGCCUGCCGGUACCUGAACUUCUUCACCAAGGCCACGCCCCUCUCACCUCAAGUUACCCUCUCCAUGUCACAGGACGUUCCUCUGGUUGUGGAGUACAAGAUUGAAGACAUGGGCUACCUCCGUUACUACCUGGCUCCUAAGAUAGAAGAUAAUGAAGAAAGUUAAAGAAAUGUGAACAACCGACAAUAGAACAUUGUUAGACAUUUGUGGGAGUUCCGGGGAUAUGUACAGUUUUUCAUCUCCGGACUUUGUGCUGCUAUAUGGACAGAAUUUUACUACAAAUCAAUAUGAGCAUUUGCACAUUUAUGUACUGAAGCUAUCUGUGAAUAAAUAUUAUAACAAAC